AUGCUCGCUAGCGGGUUGCUGAACGAUACUGACAUGCCUGUGGUUGUCACUAUCAUAGUCGGAUCGAUAUGUGGCGUUUUAGCUGGAAACGUUCUAACAGAUAAAAUUAUGUUGGGUAUACGUCGAUAUAGACUACAUGCAAUGGAGAGGAAUUCACAGAAGAUUGGUAUCGAUUAUGAAUUUAAGAAAAUAGGAUUGCCGAUGAGCAGACAGUCGUUGGACCUAUUUGACUCUUCUAGCGACGGUUCUUCGAGCGGCUCUGAAAGCGGUACUGUUUCGACGUCUUAG